AUGUCCACCUUGGCAUCUUCUUGCUCGGCUUUACUGCGAAAUACCUGGAAAUACCUGCAUUCGCCUAUAAGUUCUGCUGCGCACGAACCCCGACUCGAAUUGACCAGAAAAAUGGCAGACGAGAAGAAUCAUGGUGUGGCCAACAACAACCUCGACCGGGAUAUUGAGAUGUCUAGCACAGAGGCCCCGUCCUCUCAGCCCUCUCCGCCCACUACGUCCUCAGGGAAAUCGGAACCGAAUGUGAGCGCUAUCGAGCCAGAGAUUGUCGUCGUUCCUCGUUCAGAGCGGCGAGGUCUACUGGGCCGGUUCUCCCUAGUUCCUGAGAUCACCAACCCACGAGACUAUGGCAAUGGAAUCAAAUGGGCGAUGACGGUGGUUGUCAGCUUCGCUGCCAUUACAUCCUCCACGGGAUCCUCUAUCUUCUUCCCGGCCCUGGCUGAGGUGGCGCAUGACCUAGACACGAGCCUGACCGUUGCUAACUUGUCGCUGGCGUUGUACUUGCUCGCCAUGGCUUUCACCCCUAUGUGGUGGUCUGCGCUGUCCGAGAAGCAUGGACGGCGAACAAUCUACCUCCUCUCCUUUUCCCUCUUCUUAAUUUUCUCUUGCAUCAGUGCCGUCAGUGUCAACAUCACAAUGUUGAUUAUUUUCCGAGUUCUUAGUGGUGGAGCCGCAGCUUCGGUCCAGUCCGUGGGCGCGGGAACCGUCGCCGAUAUCUGGGAUCCAAAAGUGCGAGGAAAAGCCAUGGGAGUCUUCCAGCUAGGCCCUCUCUGUGGGCCCGGUCUGGCGCCCGUGAUCGGUGGCGCUUUGGCUCAAGGUUUCGGCUGGCGUAGUACGCUCUGGUUCCUUACCGUCUUUGGUGGUGUGAUGCUGAUCCUGAUUUUCCUCUGUUUGCCGGAGACGAUUCCAAAGCGUGAGCCAAAGCCGCAGACUGAAGAGCAAAAGAACGCCAGCAUCGCUGUCAAAAUCUUCAUGGCCAUCUUUGGCCCAUUCAAGGCGCUGGCCCUGCUCCGCUUCCAGCCUGUCAUCGUUGUAAUCUGGUCCGGUAUCAUCGCUUUCUUCGCCAUGUACAUCAUGAACGUCUCCAUCCAAGCCGUUUUUGACCAGCCUCCCUACAACUUCACCGUUUUGGAGGUCGGUCUUGUAUACCUGGCACCGACCAUUGGAUACGCCAUCUCGUCGGUUUUUGGUGGUCGCUGGAUCGACUACAUCAUGGCCCGUGAGGCGACUAAGGCCAACCGCUACGACGAGAACGGAAAGCUCAAGUUCUUCCCCGAGGACCGUAUGAGAGAGAACAUCUGGCUGGCUUUGACACUCUACCCAGCCUCCUUGAUUUGGUAUGGCUGGACCACUGAAAAGGGUGUUCAAUGGGCGGUCCCCUGUGUUGCCUCUAUCUUCUUUGGUCUCGGCAUGAUGCUCGUCAUGGGUACGGUGCAGACUGCUCUGACGGAGUUCACUCCUAAGAAAGCUUCUAGCGGUGUCGCCGUGGCAAACUUCGUGCGAAAUGUUCUUGCGUGCACGGGAGCCGUCGUCACUCAACCCAUGCUCGAUGGUAUCGGCAACGGAUGGAUGUGCACUUUGAUUGGUCUGGUCGCGUUUGCCACGGGUAUUUCGGCCAUCCUUUCUCUCCGCAUCUGGGGGCCCCAGUGGCGGGUACUAAUGGAUCAGAAAUUGAAUGCCCCGAAGCUGUAA